GAGACGCUGUUUAGUCAGAGUUCUAACGGUUCGUCACAGACAGACAGACAGGCAGACAGACAGACAGGCGCAGGUCGCGAGUUUUAAGUUCUUCUUUAUUUGUCCAACAUGAACAGAAUCAUCCUUCAGCUGUUUGCAGUCGCAGUCUGCUUUGCAGUCGGCCAGUCUCUGCGCUGCUACAAAUGCAAACUUGGCUUGUGGUCACUGUGCUUAACCAGUGAAACCACGUGUGAAGCAGGAGAACACUGCUACAGUGGGAUUGGGACAGCAGUCGGCUUCGUGGACGUAAAGAAGAAGGGCUGCCUAAAAGUGGCCGAAUGCAACAAGACGGAACAGGUCACCGUCACGGACAACAACCCCAACGCCACCUUCUACUCCAUGACCAAGACGUGCUGCUCCACCGAUCUGUGCAACGCCGCGCCCGGCCUGCCGGGGGCCUCCGGGGUCAGCCUGGCCUUCGCCACCCUCACUGCUCUGCUUGUGGCCAACGUCCUCGUUUGACAUGGGAUAUAACAAUGGAUCAUGGAUAAGAAAAUGUGUACACACACACACACACACACACACACACACACACAGCACUACCAGGUUUGAAUCAAAUGCCCCCCUGACCCAUGACCUCUGGUUUCUGUAACUUCAGGGCUUCCCCACAUGACCUUUUGUGUUUACUUUUAGCUUUGAUAUAAUAUUGUUCUCACACUAAAUUCAAGUGCCUUGUUUGUAUGAAUCUCUGCCUGAAUAAAAAGCUUAAUGUCCAGGUAUCUCACACUUUGUGCCAAUAGACAUUUUAAUCAAAUGUGAUUAGUCGCAUUUUGUGACGGGAAUAUUUACUACAGCUGGAAGACUAUUAGCUUAGCUUAGCAUAGAGACUGGAGGGGGGCGGCUCUAUUUGGAAAAGUACUGGCAGGAUUAAAUUGAAGUAAUUGACGUGUUCAAAGCUAAUUAGCUGUUCUGUUUUCAGGCUAUGCUGGGCUAAGCUACAUUUCUAGCUGUUUGAUGUUUCACAUAUGCACGGAUCAACCAUUUUGAUUUUCUUACUCGGAAAGUAGAGGAUUCUGUCAGUUGUCGUGUCAAUUAUUCUUCUAGAAGUAAAAACAACAAAAACAUGUUGAAGUGAUUAGCAUUAGCUAGCCAGUGAUAGCAGGCGCAGAUUAGCAGAUCCAGGCUAGCUGUCCUAAGCUGUUUGCUAAGGUUUGUUUUUGAUUAAGUCCAUUUCUAAAUUGUCAAACUAUUCUUUUGUAAUAUUCAAGUGUCAAAACAUGAUUUCAAAGCUUCAAUAAACCUUUGAUUUCUAGUUAUUUCAUUUAUUUGCCUCCGUUUACUGUGUCGCUGACAUUCAAACACCCACUAUCUGUAAAAAUCUUUUUAUUUUCUCUGCUAUAAUUGUAUUUUUAACCGGUCAUAUUUUAAAUACUGGUUUAGAAUCUUCACUGCACAUUACUCAUACGCUGUGGGAUGGAUGCUUUUGUUAGUGUUAUGUAUAUAUAUAUAUAUAUGGGGAAAAUAGGAUGAAUCCAUGAUGUUGUGUUUGAAGAAAAUGAAAUGUAAUCAACAUCACGCCAUUUUGAAAUGAGUCCAGGCUGGUUGUGUAUAGGCUUUGAUUUCAGCAUGAAUCAGAAAUGAUUACAUAUGACUCACUCAUUUCCUGGGAGUUUUUCCAGCUUUCAUAUAAAGCCAUAUAUGUUUUUGCAAUAUUGAUUAUUUUAGGCAAUAAAGAACUUAAACCAUG